UGAAAAUGCACAUUUUGGGACAUCUAUACUAACUCUCACUGCAACAGAUUUAGACGAGGGCGUAAAUAGUAAAAUAGUGUACUCUUUCUUUAAACGGGGUAAUUGGGACCCAUCCAUUAUGUUUAGCAUCAAUUCAGACACGGGUGAACUAACAAUAAAAGGGCAUUUGGAUUAUGAAAAAAGUCCAUCAUACGAAAUAAGAGUUCAAGCGACCGAUCAAGGGCAUUCUCGUCGAAGUGCACACGGUAAGGUAUUAGUUGAAGUUAUUGAUGUCAAUGACAAUUCCCCAGACAUCUCAGUAACGUCACUCAUGAGUCCAGUGAAAGAGGAUGCUGAGAUAGGGACAGUGGUCGCCUUAGUGACAGUGUCAGAUAAAGAUAGUAGUAAAAAUGGCAUCACCAACUGUAAACUUAGUGGGUCUGUUCCUUUUAAACUGAAGUCGAACUAUAAAAACGAUUAUUCUUUAGUGGUUGAUUGGCCUCUGGACAGAGAGAGUGAAUCUCAGUACAAUGUCACUAUCACGGCUACUGAUGAAGGGGCCCCGCCUCUCUCCAGCACCAGCGUUAUUACAGUACGCGUUUCUGAUGUCAAUGACAACGCUCCUCGUUUCUCAGAACCCGUGGCUAAUGUUUAUGUGAAAGAGAACAGUCCGGUAGGAGACGUCAUUUAUACAAUUUCAGCUUUUGAUCGAGAUUCCGAAGAAAACUCAAUGAUUAUGUAUGCAUUAUUAGGUACAAGUAAUUCAAUAUCAUCAUCUGUAAAUAUAAACUCUGAUAAUGGAGAUAUAAUAAGUCUGCAGUCUUUUAACUAUGAGGAGAUCAAAACUUUCCAGUUUAAAGUUCAGGCCACAGACUCUGGUGUUCCUCCACUCAGCAGCAACGUGACUGUGAACGUUUUUAUCCUGGAUGAGAAUGACAACAGUCCUGGGAUUCUCGCGCCCUAUUCUGAGCACGGCUCCGUUAACACUGAGAACGUUCCCUAUUCUGCUGAAGCGGGCUACUUUGUGGCCAAGAUCAGGGCUGUAGACGCCGACUCUGGCUACAAUGCGCUGCUUUCUUAUCACAUCUCUGAGCCCAAGGGAACCAACCUCUUCCGAAUCGGAACCAGCACCGGGGAACUAAGGACUAAGAGGAGAAUGAGUGACAAUGACCUGAAAACUCACCCGUUGGUCGUGUUGGUUUCUGAUAACGGAGAACCCUCACUAUCAGCGACUGUGUCUAUUGAUGUAGUGGUGGUUGAAAGUACAGGUGAAAUCCAGACUCAAUUCAGAAAUGUGCCGAGAAAGGAGGAGAACUUCUCUGAUCUAAACCUGUAUUUGUUGAUCGCCAUUGCCUCGGUGUCAGUGAUAUUUUUACUGAGCCUCAUCAGUUUAUUAGCUGUAAAAUGCCACAGGAAAGGGGACAGUUUCAGAAGGUACAGCGCCCCAGUGAUCACCACACACCCUGACGGAAGUUGGUCUUACUCUAAAUCUACUCAGCAGUAUGACGUGUGUUACAGCUCAGACACACUGAAGAGUGACGUAGUGGUUUUCCCCGCUCCGUAUCCACCUGCAGAUGCAGAACUGAUCAGUAUUAAUGGAAAUGACACGUUUAACAGGACUCAGACAUUACCCAACAAAGAGGAGAACGACAGCGUCAUCAUUCCGAGAGCUUUGUGA